AUGUACAGAGACAGAAAGGUGUUUGGUGCUAUCUGCCCCAACCAAAUGGGCCAACAGGAGAGGAGAGCUGCAGUAAGCAAAAAGGAUAGGCAGGGAGUGUUGGUGCCAAGAAGCAGCAGUCCACUCACUGUGUACGUGGGGCUUCCCUGCAUCAUUGAACAAGCUUUUUCAACAAUUGCAUGGGAUGAUUUGGAUGACUGCGCUUCUGUGGUGAGACGGGAGAGCGACUCCCUCGGCUCUCAGGUGAAUGAAUCUGAUGUAGAUGCCCAAGACUUUGGAGAUUAUGCGCUGGAUUUCAUGGCAGAUUCUCCUGCCACACUGGAGAGCAGUCUGUCUCCAGCUGAACUGGUACCAUUUCAGGGAUGUAUCAUACCUCCCCUCACCCCUCAGCGGUACUUUUCUUCAGAGGACAGCCUGGUUCACUCAUCCACAGAGACAGGCAACCCAUCUGCCCAAGACGGAGCUCUGUGGAGGGGCAUUUCCCAGUGCCAAAGCGCUGCGUUGGGAGAUUCCUUGGAAGUCAACAAUCAGCUCCAUGAGACUCUACACAGGAAACAGGAAGAGAUCGACUCCCUUCAGGAGAGAAACCUUCACCUCAGGCAACUGGCCAGCCGUGCAAAGCACCUGGCCUCGGUACUUGAAAAACUUAUGACAGUCAGGGACCCACAUGUAAGAGAGCCGGUGAUGCCUUGCAGUGAUAAUACUUCACUGAGUCCUUGUAAGCGGCAGCGACUGGAUGAAGGGUAUGAAACCGAGUCCUCUGACUCAGUGGAGGACAUGCUGAGGGACAUCAGCACACGUUGCAAUGCUGUGCUGCACGGCGGCACUGCUACUGGAACAAGACCCAAGCAGGAAUCAGAGACUAUUCGCAUGUACGGCUCAUUCUCGGGCCUACAGACUAUUUCCAAAGACUGCAGUGUGGAUGGAGCCGAGCCUGAAGAAAGCGUCUCAUCUUUCAGAACCUCUAUUCGAGAACACUGCACCAUAAGGACUCAGGUGUUUCCUCAUGGAAGAGCCUUCACUUCGAGGACUCAGCAAGGAGGGUACCGCUUUCGCUGGGUUCCCGACCACAGCUGA